GAGCCCUGCCGGCGCGGCGCAGCGCCUGGUAGAAGCGGGACAUGGCGGGCAGCGCUACCCGCGCGGGAAACCGUCCCAUCCCGCCCCGCGGGGGCCGGCAGCGGGCGGGCCGAGGCCGAGCACCGCCCCGCCGCCAUAGCGCGGCGCCGGCUCCGGGUUCGGCUGGAAGAGACGCGAUGGAGCUGGCGUUGCUGCUGCUCGGCGCGCUGCUGCCCGCCGCCGCCCUGUACCUGUGCUGCGUGCGGCGGCACACGGGCAGCGCGGCCGCCACGCUGCACCGCCGGGAGCCGGGCCGGGCCGCAGCCUCGAGCCCGCCGCGGGACGCCUGGGCCCCGCGGCUGUGCGGCUUCUGGCUGCGGCUCUUCGUGCACACGGCUAACACGGCUUUUGGACAGAUCUUGUUACUGCCGCUCUUACUAAGGCUGAACAACUUCUCCCUUAUGCGUUCUCUUGACAUUCAUGAAGACCCCACGUUUAUCCCAGAGGUUGCUGCAGAGGUUACAGAAGACAAGUCUGAGACUAAAAGCACUUUGGAUAUCAUCAAGCAGCUGAUAGAUACAAGGCCUGAUUCUGCCAGCCAUGGGUUUAGCUUCAAAGGGAUCAAAGACUACCUGGACUGCUACCGGAGUGGGAAGCUGACGCCGUCUCAAGUAGCAAAGAACAUCAUUGCCGUGCUGGAGGACUGCGACAAAUCCACGCCCCCACUCAGAGCGAUAGUGCAAUGGGACCAGGAGCAAAUAAUGCUGAUGGCCGAGGCCUCCACUGCUCGUUACAGGAAUAAAUGUACCCUAUCUUACCUGGAUGGCAUCCCAGUGUGCCUAAAAGAAGAGUUCAAAGUGGUACCCUACUAUCACCGAGUAGGAACAGUGUAUCUCGGGACAGAGCCUGAAACAGAAGAUGCCACUGUGGCCAAGAAGCUGCGAGAGGCAGGAGCUGUGAUUAUUGGGGUCUCAAACAUGCAUGAACUAGGGACUGGAACAACUGGAUGCAACCCUAAUAGGUACCACAAGAUCCCUAGGAAUCCCUACAAGCCCAACCAUUUCACAGGUGGGAGCUCCAGUGGGUCAGCAGCAGCUGUAGCAGCAGGUCUCUGCCCAGUGGCUAUUGGCACAGAUGGAGGUGGCUCUGUGAGGAUUCCUGCUGCGUUCUGUGGUGUGGUGGGGCUGAAAGGUACAUUUGGGCGGAUCAGCAGUCAUGGCAGCCUCCCGCUCUCUUAUUCCACAGUCAGUGUAGGUCCUAUCUGUACCUCAGUAGCAGAUGCAGCCAUUGUUUACAGUAUUCUUGCUGAGCCGGAUCCGCUCUAUCCAUAUGGACUAAAGCAACCCAAAGCAACCCUGUCGGAUAUGUGUGCUCCUGACCUGAAAGGCUUAAAACUGGGAGUGGAUUGGACGUUUUUUAAGGCAUGUGAUGCAGAAAUCCUGUCCGUCUGUGAGAAAGCUGUGGAGUACCUGCAGAAUUUGGGAGCCAGCGUGGUCGAAGUAUCUCUUCCAGAGAUGGAGGAAGUGAAAAUAGCCCACGCGAUCUGCAUUCUCAGUGAGAUGAGGGACUUCCUGCAGCCUGACUUCAACAAACACUUCCAGGAAAUGAAUUUGGAGACUCGGGCUAGCCUGGCUUUGGGUUCCCAGUUCACAGCUCUGGAUUAUAUUACGGCAAAUCGCCAGAGAACUCGCAGCAUGAGGUUUUUGCGAGAGAUCUUCACCACUGUGAACUGCAUACUUACACCAGCUAUUGCUUCCACUGCCCCGAGAAUCCACGAAUCUGACCUUCUGACUGGGAGCAGCAAUAUUUCAUUCACAAUGAGGUCUAUGAGGUUCAUGCAGCUUGGUAACUUCACUGGGAUUCCAGGCCUCGUCAUUCCUAUUGGUUAUUCUACUGCUGGCCUUCCUAUUGGCUUCCAGGUCAUGGCAAAGUGGUGGGAUGAAGCUGUUCUUCUGAGGAUUGGCCUAAAGCUAGAGCAGUUCCGUUGUCAGACCAAAAAACCAACCAUUCAUUAUGACAUCCUUGCAUGACGGAGUGAUUAAGAUGGGGAAUGAAUCUUCUUUUUCCCUUAGUCUGACCUGGCCAAAUACUAGAGUGGACUUGUUUUCAAUGUUUAACUGAAUGAGGUUUAGCAGCAGGCCCAUGGGAGAAAUGGGGAGGAACACUGUUCACAGCAGGUGUUGUUGCUGAGCAGACAUCAGUUCUGCUUCCUGUUCAGUCUUGGAUGGUCCAGCUCAUACUGAGGAGACCAACUGUACUAGCUUGUUCCUCACUGUGUUUCUGUCAGCACGGGAACCUGCAAGUAUCUUCUGCAACCUUUUUCCAUGUCAGGGUCCCAUGUAAAGAUGGGAGACAGCUGUGGCUACACAGCUCUGUGUGGAAAGCCACAAUCUCUAAACCUUAAACCUUCUCAGAAAACUCCUGCUGCUGCUGCAUUAAAUGAAGGUACUGUUUUGAGAGAGAGAGAAGGGAAGUUUCCCUUAAAAUAGCACGCCCAGCUCCUGUGGAAUAAGGAAGAUGCUAACACAUCUGCAGUGAGGAAGUGUGUGUUAAGCCCCUUGGUUAAGAUAGUCCCUCACAGGCAAAAUAGAAGGCAUGUAGGUAUGGAAAUGUCACUGUUUUUCUCCCCUGCGCUGCGAACAGUGUAAAGUCAGUCUGACUCGUGCAAAGAAUGAGUGCAUACACUGCACGAGCAAUCUUACCCACCUACAACCUUACGCGCAAGGGGAGGAAAACUCAGAGCAUGACCAUUCAUCAACUUUGUGACCCAAAGCCUUUGUUUGGGGGUUUUGGUGCUCUGUUGCACUGUUGGCAAACAUCUGCAUUCCCUGAGCUUUGAGAGCCUCUUUUCUCCUACUAGUUGCCUAAGCAUAAGCCUUCUACCAUAUAGGAGUGCCAGCGGAAGACACUACCUGGUAAUGCCAUAAAAUAGCUUUUCAAGAGCCAGCUAUUUUGUGCAGGUGCUAUUUGUGUGGUACUAAAAGCAGAAGUGUUACUGAGCUGCCACAAGAGUAGACCCUGCGUGCAGGAAAUGAGUUGCAUGAAGCCACAGUGCGGCAGAGCCUGCUCUAGGUAAGGAGUCAGCCUCCUCUUGUCACAAAUGUACUUCUGGAAGUAAUCAAGGUAGAAAAAGAUGAGGUUGUGUUACAUAAAGUAUGACAUCACAGCAAGAACAGCUGGAAGAAGAGAAGGCUCUACUUGUAGAGGAGCAGGCCCUAAUGCCACACUGCUGUUUCAGUGAAAGUCCCCAUCUUAUGUCCUGCUUGCACCACUGUGGCCACAUUAAAGAUUAGAGAAGACCUAAGAGUAUUCCAAAAUGAACCUGAACCUUAGCUUUAGCUAGCUUACGGUUAAUGCUUAGAUGCAUGUCCCGUUUCCCACCUCACCAACUAUCAAAGAGAAACUGGGCUUCUGCUUUGGCUGUGGGAGAAGCUGUCUUAGAGAUGGGAAGAAAAUAUUGCAUUCUUACUUAGCUUGGGAGGAAAAAAGGAACAGAAAGUAGUUGCAGUUUUUCCCAAACUCAGUACAGUUGGUUUUGUUUUUAAUUAUACAUAUCCACUCUUAAAACAGAGGUAGCACUUUACUAAUGCCUAAUAGUUCUGGUCAGCAUCUGAAUGGAGGAAUGCUGUACUACCCUCUUUAUAAAUACUUGAGUCAAAGCAUCAAGAUCAGCUGCUAGCAGCAUCCACAGUUAAUUAACCACGGUUGAUAUUGUGUCUUUCAUCUUCACGUCCUUUGUGAUACUGCCAUAAAUGUGACUUCCUUAGAUUCUACCACAGUUCAAUUAAUGAAGAAGAGAUUAUUAAAAGAAACAAUAUUUACUAUUA